AUGAACAAAAAAAUUAUUAUUUAAGUCUCCUUAAUUUUCCUAAAAAUUAUUGGUGCUUAAUAUGUAUCUAGUGAUCAAAUUUAAACUAGCGAUUUAGAAAUUGUUCCAUAUAGUGCUAUUUUAAACCAAAACUAUUAGUAAUCAGUUUCAAAAACUGUGACAUUUACUAAUUAAUUUCAAAAUGUUCCAAAAAUUAUUGUCGGAUAUAAAAUAUUUGAUUAUGAUCGUAAUGCUUAAUAUAAAGGCUUUUAACUUUCUGUUUAUAAAAUAACAACUACAAAUUUUUAAAUUUCAUUUACCAAAUACGAUGAUACUAAAGUAUAUAGAUUUGUUGCUACUUGGAUUGCGAUAGAUAGUAUUUAUGCCUUUUACAAACAAGUAGUUCUCAAUUUUUCCCCUUGGCCAUCAUCAAACAAUUAAGUAACAGUAAGUAAUCCUUUUUCUUUAACAUAAAUAGAUAACACAAAGUUGUAAAGAAAGGUUAUUGCUUUUGUAUAAAGUACAUUUUUUAAUAGCAGCUCAUCAAACUCAUAAGAUAGAAAUACUUUUUAAAUGUAUGCUACUGUUAAUAGUAAUACAAUUGACGUAAAUGUUAUUUCAAAUGAUCCAACAUAAAAACUUUAUUAAGUCAAAGUAAACUAUAUUGAGUUUUACUCAAAUAUAACAAUGCCUUAUUACGAUGUAACUAUUAUAAACGAUUAAGAUUUUCAAAGCUAUAAUCCUAAUAAAUACUGUCCUUGGACAUAUGGAAAAACUAAAACUCUAGAUUUUAAUUAUGCUUCAGACGUUAAUGGAGUUGUAGCUGCUAUUACAGAAUAUGAUAUCGACUUUGCUUUAGGUCAAUCUUCAAGACUUCAAUUAAAUUUAAUUUCAUAUACGCCAAACAAUAAACAACUUAACUACAAUUAUAUUAUAAAUCUUGACUCAUAAACAUGCUUUUAUUCUAUGGGUGCAUAUAUUGUUGCAUUUAGAAUGUAUGAUUGCUCUCAGAAUCCAAGCACUCCAAUAAAUUUUUCUCCUUAAUAUUAGUGUGUUUCUUAGUGUCCAGUAGGAUACUCCUAAUAAAAAAGAGAUAACUCUUAAAAUUUUUCAUAUUGUUAACCAAAUCCAUGUUCAAUAGCUAACUGUCAUUUAUGUGACACCAAUGGUGUAUGCAUAUAAUGUAUCACUGGAAAUUAUAUGUAUAAUAGUUAAUGUAGUGUCUCUUAACCCGCUAAUACAUUUUGUGAUAAUAAUUUGAUCUGCAAAAUCUGUUCAGCUAAUUGCCAAGCAUGCUUAAAUGAAAAUUCAUGUACAACUUGCCAAAGUGGAUAUUACUUAUAUCAAGGAAGUUGUACUUCAUCCCAACCUAGUAACACUUAUUGUGAUAGUAAUUUGAAUUGUUAAAAAUGUUUAUCUUAAUGCUCAUCAUGCUCUAAUGGAACUUCAUGUAUUUCUUGUAUUAGUGGUUAUUAUUUUUAUGAAGGUAAUUGUAUUUCUACUCAGCCAAGUAAAACUUACUGUAACAGUAAUUUUAUCUGCUAAAAUUGUAUGCCUUCUUGCUCAUCAUGUUCUGAUGGAUCUUCAUGCAAUUCUUGCAAUACUGGUUUAUAUUUUUAUAAAGGAAACUGUACACCAUCUCAACCAAAUCAAACUUUUUGUGAUUCUAGUUUGAUCUGUCAAAGCUGUAUCUCUUAAUGCAGCUCUUGUUCAAAUUAAUCUACUUGUGAUACUUGUUAAAGUGGAUUUUAUUUUUACCAAGGAAAAUGUACUCAGGCUUAGCCAAAUAAUACUUUUUGUGAUGCUAAUUUGAUCUGCCAAAGUUGUUAAGCUUCCUGUUCAUCAUGCACAAAUGGAUAGUCUUGCACAUCUUGUAUUAAUGGAUAAUAUUUUUAUUAAGGGUAAUGUACUUCUUCUUAACCAAAUAAAACUUUUUGUGAUAAUAAUUUGAUAUGCUAAAGCUGUUUAGAUUAAUGCUCAUCUUGCUCUAACAAAACUUCAUGUACAGCUUGCCAAAGUGGAUUUUAUUUUUAUCAAGGAAAUUGUACAUCUACCUAACCUAGUAAUACCUAUUGUGACAGCAACAAAAUAUGCUAAAACUGCUUAGCUUCCUGUUCUUCUUGCUCUAAUGGAACUUCUUGCACAACUUGCAUUAGUGGCUUUUAUUUUUAUGAAGGAAAUUGUAUUUCUAAUCAGCCAAGUAAAACUUAUUGUGAUAGUAAUUUAAUUUGCUAAAAUUGCAUGUCUUCUUGCUCAUCAUGUUCUGAUGGAUCUUCAUGCAAUUCUUGUAAUUAAGAUUUAUAUUUUUUUUAAAAUAACUGUUUUGCAAUCUAACCAAAAAAUACUUAUUGUGAUCAAUCUAAUACUUGUAAAUAAUGCAAAAAUACAAUUUGCAAUACUUGUGAUAGUAAAUUAGUCGUAUGUACUACAUGCUAAAACGGAUAAUUUUCCUAUCAAGGAAUGUGUACUACAGUGUAGCCAAAUAAUACAUAUUGUGAUAAUAAUUUGAUCUGUACUCAGUGUAAGAAUUCCAUUUGUAGCUCUUGUGACAGUUCUUUAAAUUAAUGUAUUUAAUGUAGCUAAAAUGAUUAUAUAUAUAAUUAAAAGUGUUACUCAAAAUAACCUCCUUAAACCUAUUGCGAUAGUAAAAAUUAUUGCUAUAACUGCUUAUCUUCAUGUUUAGAAUGCUCUAAUGCAACAUAAUGUACUGUUUGUAAUAGUGGAUUAUAUUUUUAUUAAGGAAAUUGCACGGUAACUUAACCAAAUAAUACAUUUUGCGAUUCAAAUAAAAUAUGCUCACAAUGUAAAAAUGCAUCUUGUGGUUCUUGUGAUAGUAAUCUAACUUCAUGUUUGCUAUGUACUUCUAAUUAGUAUUUGUACAAUUAAUAGUGCUCUUAAUCAUAGCCUCCUUAAACAUAUUGUGAUAGUAAUCUUAUUUGUUAAAGUUGUUUAUCACAAUGCUAAACGUGUUUGAAUAAUACUGCUUGUACUUCUUGCUCAAAAGGAUUAUAUCUUUAUGAAGGAAACUGUUUUAUAUCUUAACCAAGCAAUACAUACUGUGACUCAAAUAAAAUAUGCACAAAAUGUUUGAAUUCUAUAUGUAAAAUCUGUGAUAUAACUUUAAAAGCUUGUACUUUAUGUAAUUAAUUAAACUAUCUAUAUAAUUAAUAAUGCUAUUAAGAAUAACCUCCUUAAACUUUCUGUGAUAGUAAUUUGAAUUGUGAAAGUUGUUUAGCUUAAUGCCAAACAUGUGAGAAUGGAACUUCAUGUAUAUCUUGCAUAAAUAAUUAUUUCUUUUUUGAAGGAAAUUGUAGUGCUACUUUACCAAAUAAAACUUAUUGCAAUUAAAAUAAAAUCUGUACUUAGUGUAUCAACCCUAAAUGUAGUAUCUGUGAUGAUUCAUUAAAUUAAUGCAUUGAGUGCAAAUAAAAUGAGUUUAUUUAUAAUUAAAAAUGCUAUUAAACUUAACCAGCAUAAACAUAUUGUGAUAAUAAUUAGAUUUGUUAUAGUUGCUUAUCCUAAUGUUAAUCUUGUUAGAAUGGAACAACAUGUAGUACUUGCAUUGAUGGUUUUUACUUUUAUGAAGGUAAUUGCUUGAAAACUCAACCAAAUGGUACAUAUUGUGAUAAAAAUUUGAUUUGUUAAAGCUGUUAAUCUUAAUGUAAUACUUGUUAAGAUGGAAAUUCUUGUAGCACUUGUAAAGAUAAUUAUUACUUUUAUUAGGGAAACUGUUUUUAAAAAUAACCAAUUUAAACUUAUUGUGACUCUAAUAAAACAUGUACUAGAUGUACAAAUUAAUCUUGUGAAUUUUUUUGUGAUAGUACAUUAAAUUAAUGUGUUUAAUGUAGCUAAAAUAAUUAUCUCUUUAAGUAAUAAUGUUUCUAGACGUAACCUCCUUAAACUUUUUGUGAUUAAAAUUUAGUUUGCUAAAGCUGCUAAUCAGAAUGUUAAUCGUGUUUAAAUGGAAUUUCAUGUACUUCUUGCAAUAAUAAUAGAUAUUUUUAUAAAGGAAAUUGUACAUUAGACUAACCAAGUAAUACUUAUUGUGAUUUAAAUAAAAUUUGCACAUAAUGUAGUGACAUUACCUGCAAUACAUGUGAUUAAAACUUAAAAUGCAACAAAUGUAAAGAUUCUAACUGCUUAAUAUGUGAUAAUUAAAAUAUUUGUAGUUAAUGUCAAUUAAAAAUGUAUCUUUACAAUGCAAAAUGUUAUGAAGAGCAACCUCCAAAAACUUACUGUGAUAAUAAUUUAAAAUGCUUUGAUUGCUAACCUGAGUGCUUAACUUGCCAAAACAGUUAAUCUUGUUCUUUAUGCAUGAAUGGUUAUUAACUUUAAGGAAUUUGUUAUAGCUAGCAACCAAAUAAUACAUUUUGUAAUUAAAAUAAGAUAUGUUCUUUAUGCAAAGAUUAAUUUUGCAAGUAUUGUAACUAAUAUAAUGAGUGUCUUUAAUGCUAUAAAGGAACGUAUCAGUUUAAAGGAUAGUGUUAUAUGUCUAAACCUUAGUAAACAUAUUGCAUUAGAAAAUGA